AUGGAAGAAGAGCUUAAAGACAAACCGAAUUUGGGCUACACUUCCUUGUUAGUCCAGUUUCUUUAUGGCUAUUUGGAUACUACGGUCUUUAUGGCUCAACCUCAGGGUUUUGUUGAUACAGCUUGUCCCACUCAUAUUUGGGCCGAUGCCUCACUGUUCAUAUUUCGCCAGUCUUCUGACAUUAUGAUUCUCUUGUUAUACGUGGAUGACAUUGUUCUAACUGGCAACCAAACCUCUCUUCUAUCAUCCUUUGUAGCCACCCUUGGUAAGGAGUUUGAGCUUAAUGAUCUUGGCCCCUUAUCUUACUUUUUGGGACUUGAGGCUAAUUCCACAUCAUUUGGCCUCCAUAUUUUGCAAACUAAGUAUAUUGUUGAUCUUCUCAAACGACAUUCCAUGAUUGAUUGUAAGCCAUGCACUACACCAUAUCUCACGUUCACUAGGCCAGACAUCUCCUUUGUUGUUAAUCAUGUUACUCAAUUUAUGAGUACACCUCGUUCUCCACAUUUGGUUGUUGCCAAGCGCAUCCUUCGUUAUCUGAAGGGUUCCCUUGGCUUUGAACUCUCAUUUGGUCGGUCUCAUGGUCCUCUCACUCUUCGUGGCUUCAAUACUCGCCCUCACACCCUUCAUGGUUCUCUGAUGCUGAUUGGGCUAGUUGCCCUGAUACUCGUCGCUUGA